GACGAUAUACACAUGCUAGUGUGUGUAUAUGUAUGUGUAUACUAAAUUGACAAUGUACACAUGCUACUGUAUAUGUCUAUAUAUAGCAUCCUCUUUAUCUCCUACUCUCAAUAUACACGCACAAACAGACGAAUCUCUCACUUAACUCUCUCCACCUAAGAGUUGUGAGUCUGAAAUUAGGCAUAAGUCACAUAAUAGCCGAUUGAUUAGCUCAGACAAAGAAAAAGAAGAAGAAUAUGGGGGCAAUGGAUAACAAAUCAAUAAAAUGGGGUUUUCAUGGAAAUAAUGGAGAACUGAAAAUGGCUUCGGCCAUGACUAUCAGAGGUGUUCAGUCCACGGUAAUGGCAAAUUUGAAUGAAGCAGAUAACAGGCCGAUGAUUCCUCUAGCCCAAGGUGAUCCAUCCUCCUUUACGUGCUUCCGAACCACUCCUGUAGCAGAAGAUGCCAUUGUGGAUGCUGUCCGCUCUGCUAAUUUCAACUGCUAUGCUCCAGCUGUUGGAAUCCUUCCAGCAAGGAGGUCCAUUGCAGAAUCUCUCUCACGCGAUCUUCCAUACAAUUUAUCACCUGAUGAUGUCUAUCUUACCGUUGGUGCCGAACAAGCAAUUGAAAUCAUAUUAACAGUCCUUGCUCGCCCCGGGGCCAACAUUUUGCUUCCUAGACCAGGCUAUCCAUUUUAUGAAGCUCGCGCUGCAGUCAGCCAUCUUGAAGUCCGCCAUUUUGAUCUUCUCCCGGAAAAAGGUUGGGAAGUAGAUCUUGACGGUGUGGAAAAUCUUGCAGAUGACAAAACUGUUGCUAUGGUUAUCAUCAACCCUGGAAACCCAUGUGGGAAUGUUUUCACAUAUGAACAUUUGAAGAAGGUUGCAGAGACUGCAAGGAGGCUUGGAAUUUUAGUGAUUGCAGAUGAAGUUUAUGAUCACCUAGUUUUUGGGAGCAACCCUUUUGUGCCAAUGGGUGUGUUUGGAUCGAUCAUACCUGUUCUUACACUAGGUUCUUUAUCAAAGAGUUGGAUUGUCCCCGGUUGGCGUCUUGGUUGGAUAGCAACAAGUGAUCCAAAUGGAAUCCUUCACACGACAGGGAUUACUGAGUACUUGAAGAGCUACAUCUACCUCACCUCUGAUCCUGCAACCAUUAUUCAGGGAGCAGUUCCUCGGAUCAUUGAGAGAACACCGGAGGAUUUCUUUUCGAAGAUUAUUGGUAUGAUCAAAGAAGCUGCAGAUACUUGUUACGACAGACUAAAGGAAAUUCCUUGCAUCACCUGCCCACAUAAACCAGAAGGAUCCAUGUUUGUAAUGGUAAAGCUAAAUCUGCAACUAUUGGAAGGCAUAAAUGAUGAUAUGGAGUUCUGUAUCAAGCUUGCUAAGGAGGAAUCUGUGAUUGUUCUACCAGGGAUUGCCAUGGGAAUGAAGAAUUGGCUGAGGAUAACUUUUGCCGUGGCAACUUCAUCUCUUGAAGAUGGCCUUGGAAGAAUAAAAGCAUUUUAUUUGAGGCAUGCCAAGAAGAAAUAG